AAUUGCUCCCGCUGGUGUUUGAUGCUUAUUAUCAGCUGCUGCACGCGCUUUCAAGCGCCGUCGUCAAUUCGUAUCUCUGUCGUCCGCCGCCGUAAUCACUCCCAAACACAUUCGUUUUGUUGCUUCGCCCACGAGAAUAGCUCUUCGUCCCAAAAUCAAAUGGAACAGUCUAAUCUAUCUGCGAACACUGUGAUGGAUCAUCCUCGAGCUCUCACCGAUAAAAUAACCCAAAUUCGCAUCGCGGGUCCUUCCAAAUUUCAGGUAAUUGCAGACUUUGAUGCUACAUUAACGAGAUACCGAGUCAAUGGACUUCGAGGCCAGACCAGCCAUGGCCUCUUGCAGCAAGGAGACGCAUAUUACGAUGCUAAAAGGCAAGCAUUAUAUGAUCACUAUCAUCCUCUGGAGAUUUCUCCUGUUAUUCCCAUUGAUGAGAAAACCAAACUCAUGGAAGAAUGGUGGAGUAAAACUCAUGAGCUUCUCAUUGAGGGAGGUUUAACAUAUGCCGCAAUCAAGAAAUCUGUUGCCAAUUCCUCCAUAGCGUUUAGAGAAGGUGUGACUGAACUUUUUGAAUUUCUGGAGAAAAAGGAGAUCCCAGUUCUUAUUUUUUCAGCAGGACUUGCUGAUGUCAUUGAAGAGGUUUUGAGGCAGAACCUUCAUAGAACUUUCAAGAAUGUAAAGAUUGUAUCGAACAGGAUGGUGUUCAAUGAUGAUGGGCAGCUCGUGUCUUUCAAAGGAAAGCUAAUUCAUGUGCUAAACAAAAACGAACAUGCUUUAGACAUGGCUGCUCCACUUCAUGAUCAACUUGGUGUUGACACUGGUGAGGAAGAUGAAGAAAAUGCAAACAUGAAACAACGAACAAACGUUUUGCUUAUGGGAGAUCAUUUGGGAGAUUUGAGGAUGUCUGAUGGAUUGAAUUAUGAGACUCGAAUAUCUAUUGGAUUUCUGAACGAUAACAUUGAGAAGAGUCUUGAGAGCUACCGUGAGGCCUUUGAUGUUGUUUAUCUUAAUGAUGCACCUAUGUGGGGAGCUCUGGAGCUUGUUUCUCAGUUGUUCUCAACAGAAGCGAGUUAGCUACAUUGCCUUUGAGGAUUUAGUUAAAUGCAAGAUUCUUUCUUUAAGUUGAUGAAGACAUUUCAUGUCUUGUUUUAAGAUUAUACAGAGGUACCAUUAUUGUGUUAAGAGAGUUAAUCUAAUGAUUAAAAGGGUAUUGUCGUUCCAUGAGUUCAGAUUAA